AUGAUCAACUACUCAAGGAAGAGAGGGUUGCUUUGGUUAACUGGUUUUAAGGAGGGACUUUUUCCAGUGGUUUAUUUAGGGGUGCCUAUUACCUCGGGUCGUCUUAUGGCUAGACAUUUGGAGACUUUGGUUGCUAAAAUUCGCACCAAGAUAGCAGGACAAGUGGAAACACUUGAUCAUGUGCUCAAUUCUGGUGAUAUUGCUAAAACAGUUUGGAAAUGGGCCUCUGUGGCCUUGGGAGUGCACUACUUGGAGGGACAAUCAUGGUGGUCUAGAGUUAAUCGAUGGUUUACAUGUGCUAAAAAGGUCUCACAGCGUGGAAUUUUAAUCGGGCUUUUACCAAGUUUGAUAACUUGGAAGCUUUGGGGACGUCGAUGCAAGGCACGUAUAGAAGGGAAUCGAGAAUCUGUAGAGAAGGUAUGGUUUGCUAUAAAGGCUUGGUUGCGUCUCCUUGCUGAUGAUAUAGUUAAAGUUUCAAAGCUAAGUAACACAGACCAUGAAUUUCUCAAAGCUUUAGAGUUGCCAUUGGUUUCUAAGGUGAGUAAACCAACUCUUUUUGUUUCUUGGAGGAAACCUGCUGUUGGUUGGGUAAAACUCAAUGUAGAUGGGAGUUCUGUUGGCAAUCCGGGACCUUGUGGAGGUGGGGGAGUGAUUAGAGAUCAUGAUGGAAAUUUGGUUGCUGGUUUCUGUGUUAAAUAUGGUCAUGGAAGCAACAAUGAAGCGGAAUUGCGCGCUGUCAUUUCUGGGGUAGAGCUAUGUAAAGAGAUGGGUUUUCAACAGGUUGAGAUUGAGUGUGAUUCAGCAGUAGUGGUUAAUUGGUUAACUCACAGUUUAUGUAAGAUUUGGUAUUUGUGGGAUUAUUGGGAUGAGUUAUUAAAGUUGCUUAGUGGCAUCAGCUUCACUAUCUCUCACCAGUAUAGAGAAGCUAAUAGCGCAGCAGAUCUUCUAGCCAGACAAGGGGCGGAUGGCCUUACAAUGAGAUACAUGCAAUCAGACCAAAUACCAAAACUGUUAAGAGGUAUUAUUCGUAUGGACAAGCUUGGUCUUCCUAACAUUAGGCAAUAG